GUGGCGGCCGAGCGCUCCUGGCCGGGAGCCCAGAGGCGUCUUUUGUAAUCACAACAUGAUCUCGUGUGCAGAGCCGCGAAGCCGGGCCGCGGAGGCGGACGGAGGCCUGGCUCCCGCCCGCGGCUCUCGGGGCUCGCUCUGGAAUCCUCUCCCCUGCCCGCCGCGGCCAUGCACUCGGCUGGGCCGCACAGAGCCGAGCCCCCCAUGCACAGACAGAAGGACGCGGAGCUGGACCAGAGGAUCGUCGCCCUGCGCAAGAAGAACCAGGCCUUGCUCCGCAGGUACCAGGAGAUUCAGGAGGACCGCCGGCAGGCGGAGCAGGAGGGCAUGGCCGCCCCCACCGCCGCCCUCCUCCCACCCGACAGCCUCACCGUCACCAUCAGCCAGGUCCCCGGAGAGAGGCGCGUGGUCAGGAGCUGGGCCAGGAGCCCCCCGGGGCGCGGCGUGGACGGCGAGGACGAGGACGCCGAGGGUCGCCUGGGGGGGCCGUUCUGCAUGGGGGACCGCGUGGAUCUGGCCGUGACCAUGGAGAACAAGGCCGAGGCCAAGCGCGUCGUGAGUGCCAAGCCCCCCCGGGCGAGGCACCAGGGCCCCGAGGGGUCCCCCCCCAGCGCCCCCGCGCAAGCAGCCGUCAGCUCGGACGCCGCAGGGAAGGCCCCCCGACGGCCGGCAGGGCCGCCGCCCCCCCAGGAGGCAGGCUGGGACUACGCGCGCUGGAAGCGGGAGCGGGAGCAGAUCGACCGGGCCCGGCUCGCCCGACACCGAGACGCUCAGGGUGACUGGCGCCGCCCGUGGGACCUGGACAAGGCCAAGCCCACGCUACAGAGCUGCAGCACGACCCGCCGAGGAGGGACCAGCCGGGGGCGGCAGGAGGGGUCCCAGGACCCACGGGAAGCGCCGGCCCCACUGUCCACCCCUGGCGGGAGAGGUGGACAGCCUGGCGAGCCUUCCGCGGCCCCAGCCACGGGCAGCAGAGCCCGGGGGAAGGAGAGGCUGACGGGCAGGGCCCGAAGGUGGGACGUGGAGGCGUUGGAGGACGAGCCGCGGGGCGGCCAGGGGACGCUCACCACCCAGGAGGAGCGUGUGCAGAAGCAGAGCAAGACGGGGCCGGGCAGACCGGAGACACCCCCAGCCUCCAGCCCAGCCCCGGUGUCCCCAGAGGAGCCCCGAGGGGAGUCGGGAGCCUCGGCCGCCCGCCCAGCCCCUGGCUCCCCACAGACACCUGACCUGGCACCUCUUGACCUGUCCCUAGGAGGAGCCAGUGGCCCCCAGCCUAGAGAGGGCGCACGCGUGCUCAGCCCGAAGCCAAGCGGCCAGGAGAGUCGCGGGGCCUGGCCGGCCGGUCCCCAGCAGCAGCCCCCGGCGCGGAGCGACCCCCGGGCAGGGCUGAGCGCACAGACGCGUCCCGCGUCUCAGAGAGAACCGGGGGUCUCGGAGCCCAGGGAGGUCAGGGCUGGCGAGGCCAGGGCUCCGCAGAGCCUGGCCCCGCGCACGAGGCCUCCCAGAGGGACGGGGCAACGAGAGAGAGGCCCGGGCGCCAAGAGCGAGACGGGGGCUCCUGGCCCUCCGGGAAUGUGCUGAGCCACGCUCCCGGCCACCAGGAGCCGGACUGGGGCCGGGCGGGGGGCGAACUCAGCUCAGCACCCUCCGGCUGCGGGUGGUUUGUGCCGUGCGUGCGGCUGAGCAGCAGGCCCACCGUCCAGCAGGGCCGCCUCCUGGGAGCGAGGGGACCCCCUCCGGGCCCACCCCGCGCGCGCACGGUCCCGUGCGUCCUCCCCCCCCCCCCAGGUUGGCAACGCCCAGGCUCAGGGUGAACCCAGGCCGCGGGGAGAGGCAGGCAGGCAGCGAGCCCGGCCCAGGCCCUUUCUCACGCCCCAUCCCAAGACAGCCAAGCCGGGGGGGGGGGCGGAGUGGGGGGGGUCGCUGCCCACCUGCCCGCUUCCUGCCUCUCUCGACUGGAAGGCUGAGAGCCAUGGGGAUCUCACUUUGCCGGGGAUCAGGCUAGGAGUAGCGCUUCGGCCUUCUCUGGAGAAAGGUCCCCCUCGCUGAGAUGGGGAGGGCUCCCCCACCCCCAGGCAGAGUGGGGGAGUUCACGGGUGGAUGCUCCCCCACCCGGGAUCAGACACCACAGCAACCCAGAGUGGAGAGGAGGGCCUGGCCCUGCCUCCGGGGGUCAUUUCCUGCCCCUGCCAUUCAGGGUCAUUUCCUGUCCUCUCCCCUCCCCCGCCUCCCCCACCUCUCUUACCAACCGACAAGGCAGAGGGACUGCAACUGCGGCUUCAGCUCAGUGAGACAUCAGGACUUAUUUCCCCCCACCGCCCCGGUCCCCACUCAGCGCCCCCCCCACCAGGCCCAGGGCUGGUGAAUUAUCCAGACUCCGCACAAGCUGUGGUUUCCUUUCAAUUCAACAAACAUUUCCUGAGCACCCCUCCACCAGUAACCAGCCAGUGGGCGACGGCGGCUCUGCCAGCGAGGGGGAGGAAGAACCCCCACCUGGCGGAUCGGCUGAGCGGCGGGAGCUGUUCUGGGCCGGAGGUGCCUGGCAGCGGUGGGGCAGGACCAAGGCGGCGGUGGGAGAUGAGGGGGACCCAGCCCCCUCUACCUGGCAGAGAGAGAGAGAGACGCCCCUCUCCCUGUAUACCAUGUGUGCCCUUGCCUGGGUUCCACCAUGCCCCUUGAGACUGUAGGCAGAGUGCAGCCAGGGCCUCUGUGGUGGCUGCCACUUGGGGACGGGCAUGUCUCCAGCCCGGCAGGCUGCUUACAGGACUGUGCCUCCGAGUUGUCAGGUGAAGGGCAGCGCGGGUCCAAACACAGUAGGUCUGGGAGGGCCUGGGAGCUUGCAUCUCUGUGCUAGACCCCGGGGCGGGUCUGGGCUGCAGACGCUGGACUCUGGGAGUGGGUUUCUGGCGAGGCAGUGGAGUGGGAAGGAGAGGCCAAGAGCAAGCCAGCCAAGGGGUGCCACUGAGCGCAGGUGGUGGGAGAGGUUGGGGUCCACCAGCAGAAACACUCCUAUGCCGGGGACAGACAGGCCUGGGGCGGGAGGUCACUGCAAGCCCGUCAAGUCUCUCGCAUGCAUACACGCGUGCACACACGCACACACGCACACACUCACACACACGGCUUCAGAGUGUGCUGUGGGCUGCAGCAGACCAGGCUCCGAUGUCUCCAGAAAUGACUGUCAUCUCUGCAUUUUAGCCCGGGGAGGGAGGUGGUGGCUGAGUUCACGGAGGAGGCUCAGUCCCAGAAGCGAGGUGGGGAGGGAGAGAUGAACCAUCCAGACCCCCAUCUCCCCGCAGCGGAAGGGAAAUGAAACAGAGCAGCCGGCAAGAGAGACAGGUGCUUUGCGGAUGGGCAGCGCGGGCCUUGGAGCUCUGACGGACUCCAUGGGAACCCUAGGCCUGGGCUCUGACAGCGGGGGGACCUUGGCCAGCUGUAACCUCUACGGCUUCAGUCUCCUCAGCUACAAAAUGAGGUAAAAGACGAGGGUGUGCGGCAUAGACCUCAGCACGGUGCACAGGACUCUGCGGGGCCGGCCUGGCCUACAGAAGGCACUUGGUGAACGCGCUAAAUAAAUGAAGUGGCUGUUUGGUGUGA